CAAAUUUGACCGCAACGAUGUAUGGAACACAAUCCAUGUCGAGGUGCUUCGACCCCACAGCGGAAAGAAUUAGUUACACCUUUGCUUACUGUCUGCUAUCUGUUGUGUCACUUGCUGGAAAUAGCUUUAUUGGAAUCAUUGUGUAUAGGGCCAACACUGUGAGAACACCAAUCAACAUUUUGAUUGUAAACAUGGCUAUUUCCGAUCUGUUGUAUCCGAUUUUAUUCUUUACUAAGAGGUUGACCGAGAUAAACAAGGCCGACCACUGGUUGAUCAAUGGUCGUCUUGGGCAAGCAUUGUGUAAGUUGAGUAUCUUCGCAACAGAUGUCUCAACCCUGGUGUCCAUUCAGAGCCUGGUUCUGAUAGCGGUGGAUCGAUUUGUAGCUGUGGUAUUUCCCCUCCGCUCCCCACUGAUCAGCUCAAAGCAGUACCGGUUCUUCAUUCUCGUCAUUUGGAUCGUCGCCAUGGCAGUCUAUUGCCCCUACUUGCUCGCCUUGAAAGCUAUCGAGUAUUUAGAGGGGCUGAAGUGCGUCCUUGAUUGGAAUGACGCAUUUGGAGAGUCCUUUUCGCCGAGAGGCUACUUUCUAGGAUUGGCCAUCGUUUUCAUCUAUGUCCCUUUGGUUCUCAUCGCCAUACUUUACUUUGCCAUCGCCUUAAGAAUUAAAUCCCAGAAGAUUCCAGGCGAGCCAUCAGCAAAUGCAAGGAAACAGCGUUUGAAGAGAGAGAGAAAUGUUCUGAAGAUGUCCGUUGCCGUCGUGUUAGUUUUUGUUGUAUGCUGGUUGCCAUUCUCCAUCAGGGGCGUCAUCCACUACUUUUCAUCAGAUAGCGCCCUGAUAUCGUCUUGCGGUUUCCAAUACUAUCGUACUAUUACCGAUUUUCUUGCUCACUCAUACUGUGCUGUAAACCCUUGUAUCUGUUUUAUUUUCAAUGGUAAUUAUCGUAAAGAGCUUAAGAGUUUCCUUACUUGUUUUUCUACGAAUGAGGCCGCUUAGUUAUCGUUCUCGCCCCAGCCCUCCGCAUGGUGUUCGAGUGGCUUAUUCAGAUAUCCUCAGCAGCUUUUAGGGGAGCCUUGCUUUAUUGCAUCAGAAAUUUUUAACCUAGCUUCGAUAACAGUAAAUGGAAGCGAAGUUUGAAAGUUCUUCCUUUUUAAGGUUUAUCUGUUAUCAGCUGGACAUGCAAAAUAACUUAAGAUAUUCUUGAGAUAAACUGGAAUAUCUUUAAAACACAUAAAACUGAAGUCAGUUGUUUCGCGAAAUUCGGGAAUAAUAUGAAUUGGAAAUAUUUACCUAUACAUCCUGUCUGUAGUUUAUCUUAUACCAAGAGAAAUUUUUUUCGAACGGUUCUGACCCUUCUAACCGUUCUAACGGUCCUAUUGUGAAUAUCACACGGUUUUUAAAGUUUUAGACUUUACUUUUAAAUAGAGAAUUUUCUGACUAAUAUGAAAAAUAAAUAGCGUCAAGAAAG